AUGUCUUCUGGUCAUUCGGAGCCGCAAGUUCUGUACAGCAUCAACGGCAUCAAAGCAUAUCACAUACAAGAUGGCGAGGAGCAACCUCUCAACCCAUCUGGUCCGCAGACGCUGUCUCUGUUGAUGGUCCCCACCUCCUCCCCUUUCACAGAUCUUUCUAGCACAGAGCCGACCAGUGCUGCGCCCGAGGAGGAUUUCUAUCUUCACUUGCACCUACCACCCGAGCUCGACCUACCUCUACCGGCUACUACACAAGUCUUCCAUCAGCCUCCCAGCAGCUACAUUAUCCCAAUGCACUCGAGCGAUAGAGGGGCGUUGACACGGAUCGAAUUUCCUCCAAUUGGCCGGCCUAACUCACCUGGAAAAGUAACACAGGAAGAUGUUGACACCUUUGAAACAAUACUUGCUCAGUGCACUGCCUUCCUCGAACGUGCUUCACCUCCCAAAGGGCACGAGCACUACAACCCAGCGCACUAUGCUCCUGGUCAAGGUCAUGCUGGGACAGGGGACUCGAAGGCGCGUCCGGGGCAAAUAGUCAUCGUGGAUGAGGAGAACGGAAGUGUUGUUGGAGAGCUUCAGGAAGGGUUUAAUGUUGUUGAAUCGUCCACAAUUCGCCCCGGUUCAAAGAACCCUGUGGAAAUUCAUCUCCCUGCAGAGGGUCAAGGCAACAACAUCCAGGUCAACAAUGUAUCGGAUGAAUACCUACAACUGUCCCGACACCCUGCUUACCAAAAGUCGACAAUUGUUCAAACUUCGGCGACGGCCUCCAGACUCAUUGUAACUGGUUCUACUUAUCUUGCAAACGCACUCAACUCUGGGGCCGACAAUUUCCAAAAGAAGACCAAGCCUAGCCCUAAACCAAUGACGUUUACACCUGCCACACAUGCUCGAAUUCGCAAGAUCAACAAUUUCUCGCAGGGCGCUGUAGGGCUGAGUGCCAAAACAGUGGGUCAAGUCAGUCGCUACGCCCAGAAUAUUGGAGCAGGUCUUGCUGGAAAGGGAAGUAAGAAGGUAGGAUAUGACAAGGAUGGCAACCCAGCCAGCUCUUACAAGCCGGGUAUCCUGAACAAGAGCAUGAUUGCAUUCUCUACCAUUGCUGAUGGUAUUGAUCAAGCCGGUCGUCAGCUUCUACAGUCAGGAUCCUCCGCUGCCACAACAGUGGUGGGUCAUCGAUAUGGUGAUGAAGCUAGGUCGGUAGCAUCCGAUAUUGGUGGAGGCGUCCGAAAUGUUGGUCUAGUCUACAUUGAUGCAGCAGGUGUGUCACGGAAAGCGGUCAUCAAAUCUGUGGCCAAGGGUAUGGUCGUUGGCAAGAUGCAAAAUGGUCAACAUUUGGUCGUCGGUGCUGGUGAUGGAGGUGUCGCCCCUCAAGCAGCUGGACCUCAGAGUCAGGGCGGCUAUCCUUCAGACAUGAAGCACACCGGGAACAGCCAGAACCUCUAUGGCGGCUCUUCGUCAGGAAGGCCCGGAACAGAGCCUGUCGGAUUCGGCACAUUUGGAACGAAUCCGGCGCCCCCCACAUACACCUCUGGGGUUGGAGAGGGUCUGUAUGGUCAAUAUGCUCCGGAGAAACACUGA